CAGCGGCCUGGGCUAGUGGGUGAUGCGUUGGAGCUAUGUGUAGGUGCCGGUUGUUCGGCUCCGCGUGACGCCAUAAUUCUUUUUUUCUCGCGUAUAUAUGAGAUCUUCAAACAUCCAUGA